CUGCGGGCUCCGGCGCGGAGUGGAGCGGAGCGGAGCAGUCCGGCCCAGCCCAGCGCAGCCCGGCGCGGGCAUACGCGAGCCGGCGGGUGGCGGUGGCUCCCAGCCCGGCUGGUGCUGGGCCUCCGACCGAGCUGCGGCCGAGCGGGGCCUUGGCCCGGGCUCUGGGGAAGCCCGCCGCGGCGGGCUGCAGGAGGAAGCGGCGGCGGCGCGUCCCGAGCCGUGCGCGCCAUGUCGGGCGGGCCCCCCAAGGCCCUGCCGUCCACUGGGCCCCAGUCCCUGCGCGACAUGCCGCACCCGCUGGCCGGCUCCAGCAGCGAGGAGGCCGUGGGCGGCGACAGCACGCCCAGCCCAGACCUGCUGACGGCCCGCAGCUUCGGCGACAAGGAUCUCAUUUUGCCCAACGGUGGUACUCCAGCAGGCCCUGCAAGUCCAGCUUCUUCAUCUUCCCUUCUCAACAGACUACAGCUUGAUGAUGACAUCGAUGGUGAGACCAGAGACCUCUUUGUCACGGUUGAUGAUCCCAAGAAGCAUGUCUGUACGAUGGAGACCUACAUCACUUACAGGAUCACCACCAAAAGUACUCGGGUGGAGUUUGACCUGCCAGAAUAUUCUGUUCGUCGAAGAUACCAGGAUUUUGACUGGUUGAGGAACAAACUGGAAGAAUCCCAGCCCACUCAUCUCAUUCCCCCACUUCCUGAGAAGUUUGUGGUAAAAGGUGUUGUGGAUCGUUUUUCAGAAGAGUUUGUGGAGACCAGAAGAAAAGCUUUGGAUAAAUUCCUGAAAAGAAUUACGGAUCAUCCUGUGCUUUCUUUCAAUGAGCACUUUAAUGUUUUCCUUACUGCUAAGGACCUGAAUGCCCAUAAGAAGCAAGGGAUGGCGUUGCUGACUCGAGUGGGUGAGUCGGUCAAGCAUGUCACUGGCGGCUACAAGCUGAGGAGUCGGCCUCUUGAGUUUGCAGCCAUAGGCGAGUACUUAGACACAUUUGCGCUCAAGCUGGGAACCAUUGAUCGAAUAGCCCAGCGGAUCAUCAAGGAGGAAAUAGAGUACCUUGUAGAGCUGAGAGAAUAUGGGCCUGUGUACUCCACAUGGAGUGCGUUAGAGGGGGAGCUGGCUGAGCCCCUGGAGGGUGUGUCAGCCUGCAUCGGCAACUGCUCUACAGCCUUGGAAGAGCUGACAGAGGACAUGACAGAAGACUUUCUACCUGUGCUCAGGGAAUAUAUUUUAUACUCUGACUGCAUGAAGAGCGUGCUGAAGAAAAGGGACCAAGUGCAAGCCGAGUACGAAGCCAAACUGGAAGCUGUGGCUCUGAGGAAGGAAGAGCGGCCCAAGGUACCAGCAAAUGUGGAGAAAUGUCAGGAUCGGAUGGAGUGUUUCAAUGCUGAUCUGAAAGCCGACAUGGAGAGGUGGCAGAACAGCAAGAGGCAGGACUUCCGGCAGCUGCUCAUGGGAAUGGCCGACAAGAACAUCCAGUAUUAUGAGAAGGAAGAAGAGUCUGUAUCCAGGUGGGCCUCGAAGAUGCCAGGUGUGACAGCGAACUCUUUGCUACUGGUUAAGCGGAAACCUCCUCAGUUUGCAGCCACGUUCCUGGGGACGGCUGCAUCUAAAGUCUUCAUUUCAAACUGUUAGCAGGUUUCCUUUUCAAGUGUGUCAACACAAAACAGACAGACAAAGAGGAUCUCUCUUCCAGCUUGUUUUUUUCCCCUCAUGAAGUUAAAACUACCUGUGUCAUGUUUGUGUUCUCUCGUCUGUGGCUCAUCUCUAUAAAAUUACAAAUCUGAGCCUCAAAUAAGCGGUAGUAUUAUUUUUUUUUUAAUAAAACAGCUGUGCUGAGACACUGCUGCGUUUGCAAGUGAACCUGCAAAUACUGGUCAACGUGCAGACUGCUGAGGUCACUGCAUUCCGCUUCUAGCUGCAGAUCUUGGGGCAGCCACGGCUGUGAUGCUGGUGGGGCAGCCGUUGGACAGCCCAGGACAGUUUGGUUCUGCUUCAUCGUGUUUGAAAAAGUCGCGGUUUAAGUGAUAAUUUGUGUAUCAGUUGGUACUUGUGCACACUGUUAGACCCCAUUUGUGCCAUUCUAAAAUCCUUUGAUGUGAAUUUUCUGUUUGGUACAAUUAGAGAUGAUUCAUUGAAGCAGAAGGGUAAGAACAGUCCAUAGACCCUGAGUGGUGAGUCAGUGUUUCCUUCUACCUCUAAACCAUCCUGUUGGUGUGGGUGUCGAUGUCCAGGUCCAGCCUGAAAGCUUGCUGGUGGAAUCGGGGCAUGUAUGUGAUAGUGGGUUGAUGGCCUCCUAUGGCUAUUUGGCAGAAAACUCUAGACUGACCCAGAGGCGAAUGCUUAUCUUUGGGAACAUGUGAAGUCUUGCCUGGUGGAACGUAUGCUUUAAAAAUGUUGUCCAGUGUGAUGCAAGCUUGGAAAGAACUGUGGAAGGAGUUCCAGGAAGACUAGACUCUAGUCUGCUGCUAGUUGCCAAAGCCCAGGCACAUUCCUGUGGAAGGGUUAGAUGGGCAAGAAGGCAGCCCUACCAAAAAAGAAAAAGAAAAAACCAUCAGGUUCCUUGCUAGGAUAUAUGGGGAAGGCGUUGGGGUACACAGUCAUCCCCUUACAUUAUUGGAGGCAGAAGACUGGUUCUGAAGGGAUGCAGGCAUCUUGGGCUUUUAUCUUUCUGUUUGUUUGGUCUCCCUGUGAUGUGCCUGUGCUUUAAGGCUCCAGAGAGAGCUGGAAAAGGCAAACCGACCUCCAGUGUGCCAUUGAUAGCAGAGCGUGGAGGACCAGGGUAUCUUGCAGCCUUCCUUGGAGAAAUGGUCUUUCCAGAAAAGGGACCUUUGUCCCUUACUUCUGGCUGGCAUCUGAUGAGGUGAGGAGGCUGGCGCAGAAUGCCAGGGACAGUAGGCAGCGGAGGAGGCCCUCCAGCCCUUCCCACCCCCACGGCUCCCUCGGGCCCCCGAGGGUCAGCAGCCCCAAGCGUUCACCUCUCCAUCUCCAUCAGCAUGAAGGUGAUUCCCUGUGAGAAGUGUAACCCAGAGACUUCUGUGCCAAAGACUGCCCCGUAGAGGCUUCAUCACCCCAUCCUUCUUGGCUCCACAAAAGUCGGGGUACUGAGAUCACUGACUCCUCUCUUGUAUUUAUUUUCCAAGAGGUUUUUUGCUUGAGGAUGUGUCUUACCUCAGGCAGACACACGUGGACAGGUUGAGACUUGAGCACAUGGCAGUGGAGUGGAAAGUCAUCCCUGUCAGCUGUCCCUGGGCCGGGGAAGUGAAAGGUUCAGUUCACCUGGGUGAGAGAUCCAGGCUAGGGCAGAAGAGAGAAUUCCUAGAAACUGAGCAGAUCUUAAAGAUGCAGGUGAGGUUGAAGAGAGCAGUUGCGAUUUGCAGCCGAUAUGGACACUGCUCGUCCUUACCACAUGCUGGAUCUCCAAGAAGACUCUAGGCUGCUCUGCUCAAAACAAGGAACCACUGCCCCUGCUCGAGCCAGGUUUGGGGUUGGAUUUUAUCAUUUUUUAAGACUUAACGAUGAUUCCUGGGUGACCUCAGAAAAGUGUGAUUAUGGACGUGACGGGCUCUUAUUUCACUGUGCUGCUCAUUGAACCCACCACACACCUUUCUAUAGCUGAAAUAACAAAUACCAGCACGACUCUGGGGAUGGUGGUGGAUGUAACCUAAGUUUAUCUUCAUGCCAGAUUUCAGCCACACCCAGAGUGUGUCCUUCAUGUUACUGACUUGAAUGUGUUUUCUCAGUGGCUGUCCACACAAGGGAAUUAAAUGCGCACCUGCUACUCGUUUCCUGUGAGGCUGCCGUUUGUGUUGGGACGACGGGCUGUUCCGUUUAGAGAAGGGCACGAUGCCGUGUGGCAGUGUGCACAUGGACUUUCCCUUGGGACGGUAUCAGCCCAAGAGGCACCCAGAGGUUGUGUGACUUGGCCCUGCUGUUGAUAGCAUUGAAAUCACGGGCACCUGGCUCUGUUUUGAUGCCAUUCGUUGGGCCACACAAGAGUCAUCCUCUGCCCUGUGUCCUGAGCUGGUGAGAGUGGUGGGAGAGCCAGGGCCAGAGCAGCCUGUCUUCUGAGCAGAAACGGCCCUUUAGAGCAGCCAGAGUAGAGCCCAGUUUUAACCCAUCCCAAGACCCAACACAGGUCUGCCUGUUGUCAGGGUACGGCACACCAGUCCUGGCCCCCACCUUCCCAGACACCUACUUUCAAGGUCUGUGGAAACUGGGUCAUCUCAUCCUGAGGCUGGGGUAACACUGCUUUGGCCAUACCUGUCUGCAAAAUUGUUUGGGGAAUUUGGGUGUACCUUCUCCCUUUCAAAAAUCCUCCAUGUGCCACCAGAUUGAACACGCCCUCUCACUUACUGUGUUUUCUCUAUUCAGAUGACAUUUCCCUCAAAUUUACCUGCCAUCCCCCGGGCCAGACCUACAGAUUGAGCUGGGUGUGUUGGGAGUUGUUCGCCUCUUUGCGGUUUGUUAGUUCAGUGAAUAAACCAGGAACCUGAUUUUUCAUCAACCCACCCAAUAGGUGGUUUUGCUUUCUGUAUUAAGGAUGUCUGGUCUCUCCAUAGUUGCACAGAUCAGAGGAUGCGCAGGGCUGUCUACGUUAGAAAAGGUUUGGGGUGGGGGGCAGUUACAGGGAGUGUGACUGUUUUUUCUUAAUCAGAUGUCUUUGAAAUGCUCUCCGGGUGUGACUGUCUGACCCCUUCUGUGUGGCAGAAGAAAUAUGUUAUCGAGGUAGUUUUUACUACUGUAGAUAGUCUGUAAAUAAGUGCUUUGAAAAAAUAACGUUAACAAACCAGUAAGAUAUUUGUCUGAUUCAUAAACAUUUUGUGUAUUUAGCACUUGAAAGUCAACAAAUCCAGACUUUUAGAAAUGCCACAGACUGUUAAAAGCCUAACUCUACUUUUUGAGAAGUUGUCAACACCUGCUAAUAUGCCUUAUUCUUCAACUACUGUUUUUUAGAUUCUGGAUAGAAAGAGUUUUUAGAGAUGUAAUCAGUUGUUCAGUUUAAAUACUUGAGGCCUAACAUAGCCAGUCUUUGUUCCUCUUAAAGAAACAAGCAAGAAAGUGAGGUUCAUAAUUAGGGCUGCCUUUUGGGAGGAGAAAGCUAAGUAUUGCUAUUGCCAAAUGAUAUUUUUGAUAAUGUAAGGAAACACAGGGACCACAAAACCUUUUUGUUGUUGUUGUCGUUGUUGUUUUAAAGUGUGAAAGAUUAAUUUAGUGCCUUUUGGCACCUUUUUGAUAUUACGGUAUCAGCACCGACAAAUCACUUAGAUACAGAGAACUCUAUAGAUUAUGACAAUAUUAAAUGUUUACCCUGAUUCUGUAGAACAGCUUCUUAAAAGAUACCGUGGGGGCCUCAGAGCAGCAUAUUUUACAUAGAAAUUCUCCGCAGGUUGAAAUGCCAAAAACGCGAAACGUGCUGUUGACACGCGUAAUUUAGUCCUUUGUCAGAGAGCUUUUACUAUUAAAACCAGUGAUUGGGGACAGCACGUGCGCCUCUCUGGGCGGCGCUGCCCUCUCACCGGGUGAUUCUGGGUGGCCGGUAGGCCAGGUGUGAGCAGGUGACACCUGCCAGCUCCCCUGUGUGACAGGCUGGCUCACAGUCUCAGACCAUCCCUCCAGUCACAAAUGAUACUGGAAGGAGGGAAGGGGGAUUGCUUUUUCCCCAGUGGGGAAGUGGGGAGGGGAAAGUACAUUGCAAACAAAAAUGUGACUCAGUGGGAUAAAACAAGGCCCGUGUCAGCUGGGCCCCCGUCGAAUAACAAACCAGCAGUUCUUAGCAGUCAGCACCGUUCUCCUGGGCACCCCUGAGGUUUUGGUCUGUUGUACUCUUGUACCUGUUCCCUUGAUGUCUGUGUGUCGGGAAUGCGUUCAGACAUGAUGUACAUCUGAUAUAUUCCCGUGAAAUAAGCUGCCAGCAAACUUUCUAACUUGUAUUUUAACUGUUGGAAAAACAAACAAACAAGCAAAAAAAAAAACCUUUUGCUUAGGUCAUGUCCAAAUUAUGGACUGUUUAUUAUUUUAGAAAUCAUUCUUUACAUUUAAAAUUUUACAAGAAAAACCCUGAGGUAUUGAUCAAGUCCUCCGUGUAAAUGUGUGCUCUUCUCUCCAUGCUGCUGUUCAGCCACAUCAAAAGCUGUGGGAAAAAAAAUAAAUAAAUGUGCUUGAGAAUGUGUGUCCUAGAUGAGAAGGCAACUUAUUUCCAGAUCAAAGUCUUUGUUUCAUGAAGCUACCAAACUUUAAAGAGAAUGUCACCUUUUUUUUUCUUUUGUUAUGGAACCCAGAGAUUAUAAAGAGAAAAAAGUUCUUGUUGCAUUUUUGAUGCUGGCAUGAGGUUUUUGUCCACGUUUUUUUCAUAUAUCUGCGUAUAAAAAAUUCUGUCCAUUGUGUACUAUGGGAUUAGUAUUACAUUUCAAGGUAAACAAAAGAAUUUGUAUUGCUUGAUAAACUGUUAGCUUGUAAAUUUAAAACAGGUUUCUUUACCUCAAUUAACUUAAAGUAAUGGACCAAUAAACCUAUAAAAGACGCUUUCUUUACCUUGAGUCACGUUCCGUUUGUACGGCUUUAUAGGACAGGGAAACAUGCGUGCCUUUUGUUAUUUUCUCUGAAGAGGUAUCCAUUUGCCUGCAAGAAUCAGGAUAUGCAUAGCGACAGGAAAAAAACCUAUAAUUUAACUGUUUUUAUUCUUCAUUUCUUUUUGGACUUGUCCUCAGUUUGCCCUCUCCUACAUCUUACAAGGUGACACCAAUCUGAGGACAUGAAGAAACCACCCAAUGUCCAUCUGUAACCGUGAUUGGCAGGAAGGCUGGCAGCCAGCGCAGGUUCCCAUGGGAUGCUGAUGAUGCUGACCCAGGAACCACACUUUGAGAACCAAUGGGUUAGCACGUCUGCUAGAAGACCUGGAGAAAGCGGAAAAGCUUCUUACCCAGUGUCGGUCCACCACCAUCCUUCACCUGGAUUCAUGCAGAGGUCUCUCUGCUCGUCUUCCUUCUGCAAGUCUUGCCCACUCCUUCCUCCGCCAAUUCACUCUCAGUGCUGCGGGAGUCCUCUUUCUAAGAUAGAGAUUGACUGUUGAUCAAUUUUCGUUGAUACGGUGAUGGCCAACCCCUGACUUCAUGGCCAGUCAACAGGCAGCUCUGGGAUAUGGACGGUCAGCAGUGCUGGCUAGUCAAAGAGACUAUAUUUCAACCAACUGCCAAUCAAACAGGACUGGAUAACUUCCAAGCGGCACGGCUACUAACCCAUUACUCACAUGGACAGAGAGCUGGGACUCCUGAGAAGUUUGCAUUGUGGGUCAGCCCUAGCUAAACCCAACCUAUUCAGCUGAGACUCUCAUGAAAACAGUGGCACAUGAAAAGGCCUAAGGGCUGGGCAGCUUGAGGACAGGUCUGGCUCAGUCCCACACCUUGAGAAAAUGAGAACUGGCCCAAGAAGGCACUAGUAAUCAAGUCUGCUGUUUUGUACAAAUUCUCUCAGCUGUUUGAUCCUCGUUAUUUUCUCAACUAUGAAAUAAAGCAAAGAGCCUUCAUGAUUGAUGGCUCCUGUCUCAGGAGGCUCAGCCUUCUGUGCAGGCAGGGACCUAUGCAAUGCAAUGUGAGAAUUCAAAGACGAUGGUGAGAAUUCCACCAUCCACUUCCCACUUCCAACCUGCCUUCAAUUCUGGUCUACUCUGCUGCCUAUAACACCACCGUUACUGAUAUGUAGGGCUCUGGUGUGCUACUACUGGUCCCUUUAAAAUGCAAAUCUAUGUCAAGUCCCUUGUAUCUUACUGCGGAUAUCAAUCCUCUGGUGGGACUGAUACAAGUGUGAGAUAACCACACCUUAGGGGGCCUAAACAGACCGAAACUGAGCUAAUAUGUAGCCACUAGUUAACAUCGGCUACUGAACACUUGAAAGGUGUUCAAAUGGAGUCCAAAUUGAGGUGUGCUGUCAGUAUAAAAUACCAGAUUUUGAAGAUUUACUUUAAAAGACUCAUUGAUUUCAUAAAUUGAUUACAAAGAUAUUUUGGAUCUAUUGGGCCAAAUCAAAUGUUAUUAAAAUCAUUUCACCUGUUA